GCCGCGCCGCCUGCCACGGGAUUGCCCGCCUUGCAGAACUUUGGACUGGGAGUCUCUCGGGAAACCCCGGAACCCAGAGAAACAUGGCUCUGCCCUCCUACUGGUGCAGCCGGCGGCUCCUGGGUGAGCAGCUAGCCAGGCAGCGAGAGCAGGAAGCCCGGCUCCGGCAGCAGUGGGACCAGAACCGCCGCUACUUCCAGCUGUCUGACAUCUGCACCUCCAAGCAGGCCGAGUGGAGCUCCCAGACCUCCUACCAGCGGAGCAUGCAUGCCUAUCAGCGGGAGAAGCUGCAGGAGGAGAAGAGGCGGAGCCUGGAGGCCCGACGCGAGAGGCUCCGGCAGCUGGUCCUGGAGGAGCAGGAGCUGCUGGCCCAGGAGCUGGAGAAACUGAGGCUGAGCAUGAACCUGCGGGAGCAGAGAAUCCAGGAGCGGCACAGGGACCUGAAGUCGGCCAGAGAGGAGCAGAGGAAGCUGAUUGCUGAGCAGCUUCUAUAUGAACACUGGAAACAGAACCAGCCUAAACUGCGAGAGAUUGAGCUGGACCUUCACAAGAAGCACGUGAUCGACUCCUGGGAGACCCAGAGAGAAGAAAAAAAACAGCAAGAAGCCAGAGCAGAGGAAGAGGAAGCGCGGUUUGAGAACGAGUAUGAGCUGGCGAGGAGGGAGGCGAUGGAAAGGCUGAGAGCGGAGGAGGAGCGGAGGCAGCGGGAGAAGGAGCGGCAGGCUGAGGCACUACGGCAGCAGAUGGAGGAGCUGAAGGCGAAGGAGGUGGAGGCGGGCGAGCUGAAGAAGGAGCAGGAGCACCUGCUGAGGCAGCGCUGGGAGCUGGAGAAGCUGGAGGAGGACAGGAUGCAGAGGGCAGCCUCGAGGCAGAAGGCGGAGCUGGGGCGCUUCCUGAGGCAUCAGUAUAACUUGCAGCUCAGCAGACGUGCCCAGCAGGUCCGCGAGGAGCUGGAGGCAGACCAGCGGAUCCUGCAGGCGCUCCUGGAGAAGGAAGACGAGAGCCAGCGGGUGCACCUGGCUCGACGUGAGCAGGCCCAGGCCGACGUGGCCUGGAUGAAGCAGGUGCUUGAGAAGCAGCUGCAGCUGGAGAAGGAGCGGGAGGCAGAGCUGCAGGUGCUGCUGAGGGAUGAGGCCAAGGAAGUGUGGGAGAAGCGAGAGGCAGAGUGGGCCCGAGAGAGGAGCGCACGCGACCGGCUGAUGAGCGAGGUUCUGGCGGGGAGACAGCAACAGAUCCGAGAAAAGAUGGACCAGAACCGGCGUGCCCAAGAGGAGUCCUUGAAGCAGCGGGAGCAGCUCAUCUGCCAGCUGGAGGCGGUGAGGGAGCAGGGGCAGUGCGAGAGAGAGGAGAACGAGGCGCUCCGGGUGGCGUGGACGCAGGAGCUGGGAGCCCAGGUGGCAGAGCGGCAGCUGCAGGCGCAGGACGAGGACCAGCAGGAAAAGUUGAUGGAGCAGGAGACCAGGCGGGCGGAGCAGCUCAACAAUGCCCUCCUCCAGCAGGAGGCCCAGAUGCUGGCCCGGCAGGGCUACCGGCCCAAGGCUUACGGACACCCCAAGAUCGCCUGGAACUGACUCCGUGUAUUUCAUCAGCACAGGGGUGCGUGUGUCGGGGUUCGAGGUGUGUAGCAGCCAAGGCAGGUGUACGAUACUUGGUGAUGGCCACUGCACCCCCUCAGGGCUGUGAGCCCUCAGCCAUGACUGGCCAGACCCUGAGGUGCUGAGCCUCCUUGGGAGCACCCUUCAGAGGCCCUUGCCUGCCUCUUGUGUCCGAGGAAGCCCAUUUGAUGGCGUCCACAGCUGCAGCCCCUUGACGCGAGCUUCUGUCCUCCGUACUAAGAGUGAGCUGUCCUGUUCCGUGGCAGGGCCUGUCCUUUCGUCUUUCCUUGUGCUGUCAGCCUCCUGCGAGAGCCUAGCUAGAGACGUGAGGCAGUCCUUCAGGACUGAAAACUGAUGUAAGGAGUCUCUCUCACGAGCAAGCAAGGAGUGGGUCCGGGUGCCUUUACACAGGGCUCUUGGAGGAGCGCAUCCGUCCUGUUUUGCGAAAGAAGAGUGAUUAGCCAGUGGUCACUCCGAUGGAUGCUCUGUGGGAAGGUAUGGUGUGGGGGACAACACUGGGGCGGCACUGCAGUGGAACGCCAAGCGUGGGGUUGGCACCUGGUGGCUUAAUCCUUCAAAGGCAGCCCCCUCCAGACCCCGCCCCCUGCCUCGGGGAGGGCCUUCCACAGCUUUCCAGGAUGUCCAGGCCCUGAAGGAGGUGCCUCAAGCCGGACGGCAGAUCUGAAGGCCACAGAAGCUCCAAGGCCUGCACUCAUGCCCAUGACUGGCUGUGGUUCCAUGCCCUGCCCUAGGCCUCAGCUCCCAUCACGUGUUCAAGACUCCAUGUCUCAGCACAUUCUCAUCUCUGCGGCUAAUUACAGGACGCUUGGUCCAUGGUCCCUAAAGCCAGAGCUGACUAAACCCCCUCCAUCUCAGGGCUUGGGGUGGCCACACAUGUCCACUGUGCACAGAAGCAGGUGUGGCUCUGGGUUGUCGCGGGAGCUAUGGCUCCCGCCCGUCAGGAGAUGGGAGCUGUGCUCCGACUCCGAAAACCACUGGCCAUCUUACAGGCGGAAGCUUCAGAAAGACCACGAGAGUCCAUGGUCUUCCAUCCUGUUUUGGAGAACUUUGUGAAGCCCCUGGUACUGUCUGUGUCUCCUAACCAGUGUGAGCAGAAUGUCUAAUAAAUGACAUGCAAAUACUGA